CGGACUCGGCCACAGAGCGUUCCCUCUUAUCUGUGUUCCUGUCGGGGUCGGUAUAUAUCUACAGCGACGUCGGCCGGCCUCAGUCAGUCCGGGAGAGUCAGAGCAGCCGGCAGCCAUGUCACGAGCUGACUUGUUCGGUGUGGGGAAGGCGGAGCGGAAGAGGAGGUUGGAACGGUGCUUUGACUGGAGAGUGAGGAAACUAGCGGACAAGUAUGGAUCGUGUGCACAACUCAUCCCCGACACACUGCUGUUGACAAAUGACAUUCGGAGCAACCACUCCACCAGGUUGCAGGCCUACUGUACCGAGGCUGAGGUAAGCCACACUGUCACCGGGCUGGUAGAUUAUCCACUCAUGGCAGCCCUGCAGGAUAUCAGUGACGCCUCCGCCGCCCGGUGUCGGUACUGCCAGCCCAACCAGCCACUCAGAGUGGCCUCCAUCAAUCCAUCAGGCAGCAGUGCCGAGGGGCUGACGGACGGGAUAGUCGGCCGAGGGGGAACGUCUGAUUUUGAUCUGAUGUUCGAGUUCGCCGGACCAUUCCACUGGGCGGCGCCCGGAAAGAGAGAGGAGACGGCCGUUAUUACUCCACAGUCUGCACCACAGGUGUGGGCUCGACCGACCAAAAACCCUGGCUUUGUGACGCUGCACUGGGUCAAAACGACUAAAUGCUGUCAUGAUAAGCCGCUGGAGGCACUGCCGGCCGACUCCAUCCGUCGGCAAAUGGUGGAAUUAUGUCGGACUAUGAGAGGCGGCAAAAUCAGCACUGCCGGACCAGCUGUCAACAUCAAGAGAUCAGAUGAUGUUACAGACGGUGGCAUUGACUUUGUGCCGUGCAUUCUUAUGCGCGGAUGGUGGCCGGCUGAAGACCAGGUCGACGACUAUCACCUGGAGGUGGACUUCCCGCCAGCGGCGGCGAGGGCCGACAUCCGACGAUUUGGAGUACACCUUGUGCCGACCGGCCGGCCCGGCAGCGACACCGUGUUUAUCGAGUUUCGGAUUUCCUAUUCACGGGCGGAGGUGAUCACGGUUCGAUACCUAGCUCCAGUCAUACGAGCAGCUAUUGUGGCAGUAAAAGCCAUGAAAAAUACUUUUAAAAAGAACGAGGCCAUGAGCGACGAUGUACCGCUGAAGUCAUACUUUAUAAAAACGGCCGGGCUGUGGCUGGCUCAAAUCACGCCAGCUUCAAUGUGGAAAGGCGUCACCGACGGUGUCAACAAAAUACUUGACUGGCUGGAGGACAAAUUGAACGCCGGGAAAAUGCCGUGUUUUUUCGAUCAUAACAUCGAUGUGGCAGCUGAACUCAGCACCGUAGAACGGCGGGCUAUCAUUGACGCAGUACGGCUGAUGAGGGAGCAUGUCGCGCUUCUCCUGAUGGCAAGCUGUGUGGAUCAGUGGAACGUGGAUAUGCUGCUGGAGGGCGGGCUAGAGUCCCUAACGGAGCGCCAUCUAGAGUCCCAGCUGCGGCUCCUACUCGGAAGGACGCUCGUACGACAGGCAGUACUUGACGGUGUCGGUUACCGCCACACAGCCCCGUGCUGGGAGUGGUGGUGGAAACAGACCAUCCCUCCGCUGGUCCACACGGCACCACUUCUACUACAGUGGUGGCAUUACCCCGAAUCAGGAGCAUUCCGACAGCAAUGUUAUCUGUUCAUGGCAUGGGUGGUGGUCGACUCGGCAGACCUGCUUGACGGGACGCCGAUGACGUCACCGUUCAAUGACAUCGUCACGCUGGACGUGGCCCCCCUGAUGCAACUCCUCACCAGAUCUGACCUGGAGUAUCUGCUGGGUGACCCGGACAAGGUGGCCACCUGGUGUAGCCAGCAGCUGCGGGGGCCGCUGGAGGAACGGCCGGCCGGACUGACCGCCGAGCUGGACACGCCGCGGGGCCGUGCCGAGCUGCUGCUGCGGCCCGAGCUGCUACUGCAGGCUGUCCGAGUGAACGCUCCGGGUAAAAUGGCCUGGUGGCGGGAUAUAGACCGGGCAGAGGAGAACAGUUGGAUGAAAAACUACCGACCAAUGCGUACAUACCAGGAGACUCGGGAGAAGUUGGAGCAGCACAUCAACACUAACCUGCAUGAGUGGCUUCAUGACGAUCUACCAGAGAUGGACGCCGCGACUGUGGACGCCACGGCCGGCCUCUGGCGCCGCCGGCUGCAGCAGCUGCUGUCCGGUGACCGGCUGCGGACGAUGUACAACGCUAUCACCGGCUGGUGGCCGGACCGGUGGGAGAUGACGUCGCACUACCUGGCGGUGCACGAGGCCGACUCAGAGGAUUCGGAGCAGGAUGACGACGACGGUCAGGCCGGUGGCGAGGAGCGGCGCAGCGCAGACAAGGACCAGACAUCAGGGGGUCUGCCCAGCCCUCAGCGAGAGAAAUGGCAGCAGCUGGAGCGACAGCACCAGCAGCUGUGGCAGCAGCUGGAGCGGCGGGGUCACGGGGAAAGGAGGAGUCUCAACCAGCAGCAUGAUGAGGAGCGCCGGCGUCUGGAGCGGAUUCAUGACAGAAAGUGGCGGAGCAUGGAAAUGCGGCACCAUGACGAGCGGAAAACGCUCCAUCAGCGGCACGAGAGUGUUACCAGGUGCGUGGAGCUGCAGUAUGAGGGACAGGCGCAGCAAGAGAAACGUCAGAGGCAGUUGGAGCUGCUGGACCGGAGAAACCAAAGGAAGUUAGCAGUACUGGAGCGACAGCACCAAAUAGAGUGGGGAGACCUGGAGCAGAAGGUCCAAACGCAGUGGAACAAACUGAAACAGAAACACCUCAGGGAGUCACAAGAGCUGGAGGAGAGAUACCCGAACAUGCAGUCCGGGGAGGAGCUGGAUCAGCUCAUGGAGGAGUGCAGCAGGAGGCGUCGGCAGCUGCGGAAGGAGCUGGAGAAGAAGCUGGAGAAGGAGCUGGAGAAGGAGAAGGAGAAGGAGAAGAAGAAGGAGCUGGAGAAGGAGAAGAAGGAGCUGGAGAAGAAGCUGGAGAAGGAGAAGGAGAAGGAGAGGGAGAAGGAACUGGAGAAGGAGAAGGAGAAGGAGAAGGUGCAGAAGAAGAACCUCAAAGUGAAGAAGGAGGAGGAUAAGCCAGUUGAGGGUGACAAGCAAAAGCGACAACAACAACGACAACAACAGCAACAAGAACAAGAACAACAACAACAACAACAACAACAACAACAACAACAACAGCGACGACGACGACGUCAACAACAACAACAUGAACCAGAACCACGACAGCAGGAGCGGCAGCCGAGCCGGCGCUGUCAACACCUGCGGAACCUGAUAGAGGUGACGCGGAGACACCGCCAGCAGCUCAUCCAGCUCCAGGAGCGGCACAACCAGGAGCUGGAGGAGCAGAGGAGACGUCACCGGCAGGAGUGGCAGGAUCUGGAGCGGCGCCUCAGCCGCCGGCGGCACGGCCAGGAGCGGCGCCACCCACAGUGACCGGCGUGAGGACAUCAGCGGAGUCGCGGACCAUCCCGAGGAGGCGCCACUACGGAGAACAAGUCGAGGGACAGCAAUUUGUAGUACAGUUAUCAGACAUGUUACAAUUUGUGUCGCCUGUGUAGGUACUAAAAUGGAAAAGAAAUCAUUCACAUGUUUGACUGUUAAGACUUCAGUUCCACAAAAUUCGAAAGCUAAACAAAUGUGUUUAUUAGGUCAGUGCUGACUGAGCUGGUGUAAUUUUACAUAUUGAGAUGCUAGGCUAGCAAUGUAUAGGUAUAGCGUAGCCGUAGCGUGUGUACCAUUGUAUGUAUGUAUAUGAGAUAUGACCCUUGUUUUCUACGAUUGUCAAAAUGUAGUCGAAUUGAGUCAUACAAUGGAUGGUGACUGAGAGGGGCUCAGCAAAAACCCUCUGUUAUUUAUAAGCUCGUUUUUACAACACAUGUAUUGUGCACUGUUGAGAAAGUUUUGUAAAUAUUAUGACGUCAGCAACCGUUCCCAUCCCCGUCUUUCGACGACCUAACACAAGGCCCGCUGUUACUGGGGUGAUGCGAAUCUGUGCCAGACAAUUACAUGGAAACCGUUGAAUGUAGUGGCUACUGGAAGCAGUUUUAAUGUAUAAAAUGUCACACAG